AUGUCCAAGUACGCACCCCAUGGAAGUCGAACGAGCCAACCGAAGGCAACUUCGUCGACGGUUUGCCAGAAAUGCCUUGGUCAAGGCCACUAUACCUUCGAGUGCAAAGGUGCUCGUCCAUACGUCAGCCGACCAUCACGUACCCAGCAACUCGAGAAUCCAAAGCUAUUUGCCAAACUGAAAUCAGACAAACCUUCUGUCGAAGUUCCGGAAGAGUUCAAGAAGCCUGUGGGCAUGGCAAACAAGAUUCUGGAAGCUAAGGAGAAGGAACGGUCGAAAGAGGGCAAAGGAAAGGGAAAAGAAAAGGGGAAAGAGCCGGCUCGCAAGCGGAGGAAGUAA